UCAAGCGUCGGUUAAACUUUUGUUUUGUUUUGAUGUGCGCGCGGAUGAAAGAAAAGCGCUUAAAAUGUUUUUAAACUGAAACUUUUAUAUCAAAAUCAUGUUGAGGAGAAAAAGCAGCUCGAGCAGCGGCAAAAGCGUCAGAUCUCGUCGCAGCAGCAGUGUAGGGUUUGAUGAAUUUGGCUUUGCACUCAGUAAAAAGAGAGACAAGAAGCUUCAACACAGAUGUCACGAAUACAGCUAUCCUCAGCCAAAUCCUGUGAAAGUGAAGGAGUUGUGUGAAUUUCUCAGCUACUGGAAUGGAUCCAGUUUCAUUUGUAGGAAUCAGAUCGAGAGGUUUAUUCGUAUCGGCAUUCCUCCAGCUAUACGUGGACGAGUUUGGAAAUGUCUUCUGAACAUCGAUAGUCUGAGAGCAUCCAGCUCAUUUGAUUAUGAGGCAUGCCAGGCGGAAAUUCGUAAGCCACUGGUUGAUCUAGGUGUCAGUGAGUAUAGUAUCAUCUCUACCAUAGACUCUCUGGUGGAUACGGAAAAUGAAAUCAGCAGCGGACAGGCUUCAGGUCUUCCCAGCCCUGACCUGACUCUCUUCAAACAGAUCGCCCUUGAUCUACGGAGGUCCUUUCCAACCCAUCGUACACUAAUGGGAGACCGUCCUGAAGCCAUUGAAGGUCAAGCCAAACUCUUUAGAGUUCUCACCGCACACGCCAGAUAUAAUCCUCAGAUCGGAUACGUCCAAGGGAUGUCCUACAUUGCUGCUGUGCUCCUGAUGAUCCUGUCUGAAGAAGAGGCUUUCUGGGCCAUGGUAGCUUUGCUAGAGAAGCCCAAGUAUCUGUCGGAGCUGUUUGACUCUUCGGUGAAAAAGAUUCAACAUCAAGCUUUGGUUUUUCAUGAACUCCUGAAGCACAGAACACCACUGCUCUUUCAGCAUUUGGAGACUCUUGGAGUGUCUUCUGUGCAUUUUAUCAUGCAGUGGUUUCUCACUCUCUUCACCUCUCUGCCAUGCUGGGACUCAGUGUUGGCUAUCUGGGAUCUUAUUAUGCUUCAUGGGCUGCAGGCUGUGUUUCGCACCGGUCUCACCAUUAUAACACUACUGGAGUCUCGCAUCAUGAACAUGACCGAGGAGGCCACGGUUCUUCCUGUUCUUCUGAGAGUGCCUGUAGACACAUCCCAGUAUCGUGUCCUGAUAACAGCGCUCUGGAACACAGAUGUUCAGGAAUGGGAACUCAACUGCAUGAACCGGUUGGUCCUGGAUGAGAUGAGCGAAGGACUGAACACAGAGAAAGUGGAAAAAGAAAAUGUUCAAAGUGGUUCGACGUUUCUCCGCAAUGGAAAAAUAGAUGAAACACCCCCACAGGAAGUCGCCCGCAAGACCUCCAAGAAAGAGGCUUCAAGUGCUAAAAAUGUUUUUACGCGACUUCUGAAGGUGGCUCAGCACCUUUUCGAAACGAGCAAGAACGUUUCUGCCAAGUCUUCUCCUGCCAAGAAAAGCUCCGCCCUCGCCCGCAUCCCCAAAACCAGACCAUCCACCUCCUUUCUUCACGCACAGGCUCGUGCCAGGAGAAGCAGCAGUAGGCCUUCCCAGAGUUCCAAUGUCAGAAAGGAGCGACAUCCUUCUCAAGAUUCAGAUGGAUGUCCAGCUGAAGACAGCGCCAACUCUUCGAUAAUGCGGCUGAGGUCGGGUCCCGUGGGCAAAGUAGCUCGCCGAAGGAGUCUAGGUCAGUCGGGACGAGGAACCUCCCACCUGGUCAAGAACCGCAGCGGUAGAUCUCCAAAACCACCAGCUGAAACAUGUCUGCAACCAGAAAACAACCGAAAAAAUGAGGAUGGUCAAGAUGCUCAAACCAGGAACAUCUUAGUUGCUACUUGGAUGCCUUAAUGUGGUGUAACUACAUUUUUCUGCAUUCAGAUUCCUAAAGAAUCAUGCGAAGAAAAUACAGGUAGGCUGUCAUUAAGUUUUACAGGCUUUUGAAUGUAAACACACAUUGAAAUGCUUAACACGUUUUCUAUAAAGGUGUCAAAUAACAGAACAGAAUUGUUUAAGUUUUGUUUUAAAGAAGCUUAUUUAAAGUGGCAAUGUGUAACUUUUGAAGCUUUUUUUGUAAAAUUAUAGUACCUGCAAUUCUGUGUUUUAAACAGAGGGGGCGACAGUGAGGCGUAAGUCAUGGAUUCCAGCUGCAGUUGCGCUUAAAGGGAUAGUUCAACCUAAAAUAAAAAUUCUGCCAUUAUUUACUCACCCUCGACUUGUUCCAAACCUGUAUAAUUGCUGUUGUUCUGCUAAACACAAAGGAAGACAUUUGGAAGAAUGUCAGUAACCGAACGGAUCUCAUCCCCCAUUGACUCCCGUAGAGUUUAUGGCAUUAAAUCAUUAUUUUCACAUUUUUGUCCCACAGCUGACAGCCCAGAGGAAGGGAGAGUUAUGGGAAAAACCUCCGUCCGCGUGUGCCAUGUGUGCGUCAUGCUCCGUUCUGCUCAAGAGAGACAUGUGAUUCUGUGCCCAGUGUUUGAUAUUCCUCUGUAUCUGGAAUAGAUCACAACAUAACUGGCAACCUGUAAAAUUGACAACAUAUGUUAAAGAUAGAUAACUCAAUAUUUUAUUUAAUAUAUCAUAUAUUUUUUAUUUAAUUUAUUAUAAUUCAAACCUUUUAUUUAGGAUUAUAUGUACUAAAUAAAGAGCAGUAACAAGGCCGGUGAAAGUGGAAAGGUUGACCGGGAUCUUCUUUUCAGAUUUCCUUGCACUUUAAGUGUUUUUGGUUGUUUUUUAGGGUGGGCUGCGCUAAAUGUUGUAGAAAUAACCACAUUAAGGAAAGCCGCAAGAGUCUGUCAACAGAGAAGCAGUGGGAUCAAAUCCAAGGGAAUGAUGAGUAGUUUGAGCUCCCAGCAUUAGCGACGCAGACCUGGAGUGGCUUUUACUUAUUUAUGGAUAAGCUCCUGAUUUCCCACCGUCACCCUGCUGUUAAGAAGCCAGCGGCUGACCCAGUGCGUCGAGUCAUUGGGGAAACUCUUUCUACUUGUCGGAAACCUGAUUCCGUGCGAAGAAUUUACAACGCACCCUCACUCGGUAGUAGUAAAUAGAAAUUAGAGAGAGGAGAUUAAUACUUUAACUCUGUUCCAGCUUUUGAGAGCUGCCUUGCUGUCUACUUCCGACAAAGACGGUGACAUAAAGUCAACAUGGAAUGAAAAUUGACACCAGUUUUUUCGUCAAUGGAAUUUUUUAACUUGAUGGUUUGAGCAAACAACAGGUAGCAACU